GUACUAAUGCUGUUUAUUUAAAGCAGCGACUAUUCAAUAUGCUUCCCGAUGAUGGAAAAUAAACGUUUGUUUUCGUGCACAGUAUUUUUUACCACAUUCGGAUUUUGUUCGAACUUCAUCUCAUUUGUAUCACCUUACUGGAUUCAGUCAAUUCCAGAGGCUAACAGCCAGUUCCAGAGAAUAGGUCUUUGGACUGUUUGUUUUGAUGGAUAUAUGCGGCCGGCGCUGUAUGACAAGGCAUAUUUCGGAUGUUACUACAUUUAUUAUGUAAUAUAUGACCGUAUAAGAGAUUGGUUAAAUCCAAUAUGGUUAUAUACAAUACAAGUUACCUCAUCCUGUGGAGUUUUGGUACAUUUUUUGGUAACGUUUAUCGUUCUGUGUCAAGUAACCGGUGCAAUUUCUAAAUCUGACCUCAAAAGUCUAAAAUUUAUUGCAUCAGGACAUUUCUUCACAAGUUUAACACUAGCUGCUGCAUUAGUAGCUUUUGCUGUAGCUAGAUAUGAUAGUCGUUGGAUGCCUUAUCCUGAAUUGAAUACAUUAUCAUGGGCUUAUGCUGUUGGAGUUUUAAGUUUUAUUUGUACAUUUAUUAGUUUUACAAUAAGUUUUAUUACUUAUAUUAAAUUAAAUGAUUUAAUUCAUCAACAGAAUACAAAUGAACAUUUACUGAAUGAUGAAGAGAAAAUGGGUAUUAGUUCACCACCACCUCCAGUACCACAUCAUUCUACAUUCAAUGAACCAAAUGUUUAUACAGAACCACGUUAUAUGCCUGAUUUACCACAAUCAGCAUUAAGUUAUGUUGAUAGUUCAAAUAAAAAUUGGAAUAUAAAAGACUCUGAAAUUACAUAUAAUUUGAAUAAACAAAACAAAGAUGAUGAUGAUGAUGAUGAUGAUUUUGAUAAUCCAACUAAUUCACGUUUUAAUACUUUAUCUUAUCCAAAAAUAUAAUUAAAAAAGAAUGUUCAAUUCAUAAUUCAUUUAUUUCAUUGGUUACUAAUCUAAUAAGAACUUUGAUUGAUUUAUAUCCAAAUCUUGAAUAAGUUGAUUUAUGUUGACCCAUUUUUUCAUAAGAAGGUGAAUGUAUCAAAGUACAUUUUAGAAUAAUAACUCAAAUAGAUAAAUGAAUAUUUGAGUUUAUACUCAUUUUAAAUCACUUCAAUUUUUGUUUUUAUUUUUAAAGAAAGUAAAUUCAUUUUAAAUAUCAAUAUGGAGUUGUGGA